AGUCCAUUGAUCGCGAGCGAGAAGAAUGAAGCACGCAUCUGCCUAUGUUGUCGGUUUGUGUAGAUGUUGUGCCGAUCAUCUCACUUCGACAGACGCAGCUAACGUGCUGUGGGAUAUAGGAGCUUUCUCAGAGGAUACAGAACUCUGCAAGGAUGGCGUAGGAACACCAGCUUUUCCCAAGUGAAGUUGUGAUUGUUGGGUCCAAGACGUCUCUAUAUUCGUGCCAGAGUAUUCCAGAGGUAGUCAUGGAGAUUACUACAACGGUAUUCAUUGAUGACAUUACAACAUCAAGUACAACACAAAAUGUUCUUUAUUCAAACGUCACCUCCAGCUACAACUACAACUACAACAACACUGUUGAAGUGGCUUACGACGCAGAUUCUUUUGACGCGUUUGACUACCCUGGAGGGUUUAAACACGUGCCUAGCUGGGAGAUAGCACUUAAGACUCUCACGUAUAUCCCUGUCAUCGCUUUCGCCAUUGUUGGUAACGUCCUUAUCAUUCUUGUCGUCGCACGCAACAAGCGCAUGCAAACGACAACAAACUAUUACAUCGUCAAUCUGGCCGCUGCAGACCUUUUAGUAGCCGUGUCAUGUUCAUGGGUGCAUCUCGUUGAUGACCUUACGGAUGGAUGGGUCUUAGGGUCAUUCUUCUGUAAAUUCAACACGUUUGCACAAGUGCUCUCCCUUGUCGCCAGCAUAUUCACCUUGACCUUCAUAUCAUGUGACCGGUUUUUUGGGAUUGUGUUCGCUAUGAAAGCUCAUUUCAUAGAACGGCGAGCCCGAUAUACCAUCGUGGCCUUAUGGGUGUGCUCUUUGGCAAUUGCUGUGCCCAUGCUUAUAUACAGAGUUCAAGAGGAGAGGGCAUGGCGAAACCACGUGGAAAAAUGGUGUGACGAUGACUGGCCAGUGGUGGAGUGGAAAGAUCCAGUUUCAAACUCAACAAUGAGCGACAUUCCAGCCAGGAAGAUAUACUACACCAUCGUGUGUGUUGUGUUGUUUUUCUUGCCAUGUAUAUUGAUGUCGGCUGCAUAUGCCGUCAUAAUUUGGACGCUUUGGUCCGCAAAGGUCCCCGGCGAGAGGAUUAGCAAGGACAUCAGGCUUCAGACACAGCUUAAGAAAAGGAUCAUCUUGAUGCUGGUGCUGCUGCUGGUGACAUUCAUCAUCUGCUGGGGACCGCUUGUGGGCAUCCUGAUGUAUUCUGAGUACAGAGAAGACAAACUAUCCACGCUCGGGCCAUGGUAUCCUAAACUGGAGUACUUUUCCCGCUACCUGGCUCACGUUAACAGCGCUAUCAACCCCAUGAUUUACGCUGGCUUCAACGACAACUUUAAGAAGGGAUUUCAACUUCUUUUCCGAAGCAUCGAGCGGAAGAAUCGUUACAACACAAUGGUAUCUCGGGUUGACUCCUUCCAAAGCUCCACAAACAUCACCAAGGUGUAGUGCGUUCAACUCCAGGUUGGGGUCAGUCUGCAGCCAUACAGUGGAGAUUGUUGGACACACUUGCGUGUGUUGCAACGAAAGGUUGCUCAGUUGUCUACCCAAUCAAGACAAUCUACUUCAAGACAGACACCAAGACGGCUUAUCAAUGUUAUCAGCAACUAUCUCGAUUCAUGUUAAAGUAGAUUUGAACGGGUUCUCAUAUUAUACCACGACAGGAGUAACACAGUCGUAACACAGUCGUCCGCGAGUGGUGAUGUACGCCAAGGACUGUUGCAGACCUUCCUUUAAUCAUAUGCCUCUUUGGUGGAUCCACUUGCUUUAAAUUAUCAACACUCACGAAAGACUGACACUGAAAUAGAUCAAGUAUAUUUCAACUGGAGAAAACGAAUCACGUUAUUCAGAGAUAAACAUGAAAUGACCUGUGGAUCUGAAGAUCUAUUCAAUAUACAGAAUGGCUUCAUACAAAGCUGGAAGUCCUAAAUUUAGAUUUUAUGAAGGCGGCGGCAACGUUGUUGUUUGUUGUGAUCUGAAUAUCACAAGGUAUUCCUUAAACCGAAUCGUUGCCGUGUGUGAUUUAAUUAUCGAACAACAUUCACCGUGCGAUGACAGACUCUCUGAUUUACAUCAAUUGUCUUUCUGCUGUGUGGUGAAGUGGAUGAUGACUAAGUGGGAAGUGAAGGGCUGUAUCUGCACACCAAUGCCAUCUGUCCAUAUCAAGAGGCCAAUGAGACUACAAUGUACACUUUGUACCAAUUAUUCCUACCAGCAUGGCAGUAAUGGUCGGACUGCUAGGGUCAUGUGAAGAUCAGCUGUCAGCGGACGCUCCGCAGGCACACAACAACAUAUCAUAGGGUUUAACUCUACACACCUGUUCUAUGGCUAUAUAUAACAUUGAAUAUAUCAUGUCACAUUGUUUUAAAUCUAUUCAAAAUUGCGUUGUUGUUUUUUUAGAAAUUUGUAAUAUUGAAUAGUUAUAUUUUCUGAUCUUCAGACAAAAUGGAGAGUAUACUAUUUGGAUGUCCAUUAUAUAAAAUGCUUGUAUCAGUACCAACUUACAUGUGUAUAAGAACGUGAUCCUGAUAUCGUAUGACUUGUAUGUUUAGCCUAGCACGACUGUGUAGUUAAAAGAUACACUGCAUCGUCUGUCAUCUGAGCACACUGUGUUGUGUUUUUUGGGAUGACGGAAAAUAUGGUUUGGCGGCUGAAACAAAUUUUAUUGUUGUGCAUACUAGAACAGCAUUGAUGAUAUCAUCUGUCCAUUGUACAUUUUGUGCAAGAGCCAAUUUGGUCAGGUGAUUUUACCACGAACUACCUGAUCGUGAUAUAUUUGUACGUCACAUAAACUGCAUCCUGUACAUAAAACCAACAUGAUGAUGCAGAGGUUUUCGGUAUAAAUACCCCACUACGAUCCAUUACUGCUGCAAUGCAUUUGCCCACUCAUUGAAAGUUCCUGAACUCCCGGAUAUUGUGGCAAAUGAAACGCAAGAAAUGGGUCUGGUGCGAAGGAUAAUAGGCAUGCGAGUGCCGCGAUGAUUGUCUCAGUAAGCCACGAAGACUCUAAAUUGUUAUAAAUCUCAUCAGAUCAGGAAGCUGUGAUGCUAAAGUUGCCACCAGUGGAGUUGGAAAGUGUACAAUAUCUCACGAUUUGUGAUUCUGGAUAGAUUGUUGUGCGAAAGGGAGAACGGAAAGAACUCUUGAUAGAACAGUAUUCCCAAAGUGUUGAGAUCGACAUGAAUCAUGUGAUCAGGGACGUUUUAUCCUGAAUGUCUUUGUAGACAAUGUAAACUGAAUAUUGACAUGAACAGGAUAUUGAGCAGUUGUCAAAUUUUUAGGUUCAACUUAUGCUUUGAUCAUUAACGAAUGUUGUGAGAUAUAUUUUUAUGUCCCAUGCACCACGCACUCUGCAACACUGUAACAGUGGUGUUCACCAUGACUUGUACUUGUGUGGAAAAUGUUCAUCCUGUAUCCUCAGUAUUGUUGAGAACUAAUGACCAAUCGCUUUGAUAUCGUAUAAGCAAAUGGGCCUGGUGUAGUAGUGCAUUGUCAGUGCAGAUAUUGCUUAGACAGACCAUCUAUAAUAUUUUUCGAUAGUCGAGUUUCUCGGAGAACGUUUCUUGUGCUAAUUGUACUUCUGAUACUGAGUGGCCUCUUGUUAUAAUAUCUCAUACAUUUUCAUGAGAAUAGGUAAUUGGAAUAUUUCAUCUGUGAUUGCUUGAUUAUCGGGUCUUACUGAACACAAUUGCAAGUCAAGUGAAAGCUGACUGAUCAUUGCCUAUACACGCCGUUUAUACCAAGCCAUGGGAGAAACAAGUAAAUGUGAAUUUGACAGACUCGAAACAUGACAAUUCAAAAUAGAUUAAGGCUAUUGAAUCUGUUAAAUUGUAUUAUAUAUCGAACUGAGAAUCCGGGUUGAAGUUUAAAAUACUGAAUAACAUAUUGUAGUUCCAAAGCAUUUUACAACUAGAUUACUUGCUCUGUUAGGGCUGGUAAGUUUGACAGCAUGGCCCUAAUCGACCUGUGUAAUGAAUCAUAACAUUUCUGGGAUCAUUAUUCUGUUGUAAAGACCAUUACCUAAAUGCAUCAAUGUAGUAAUAUAAAUGUAUUUUUAAUAAUGUUGAUUUUCAAUUUAUAAUUAAUAUUUAUUUUGACAGUUUAACUGAAACGAUUCUUCAAAAUGUGUGUGUUGAUACGGAAAUUUAGAGCAUGUAGAAGCAGUACAUACCGUUUGAAUCGAAACUAAAAGAAACCUACACCAAUGUUUUAGGAUGAAGUGAUGUUAACACACUCUAAUCAUGAAUGUAGUUCGAUAACAUAAUGGCUAGCUUUCAUCGUCUCUGAAGAAUAGCCCAGUAUAGGACAACUGAUUACACGAAAGAAAACGAACUUUCAAGUUGCAAAUGUUGUUACGAUUGUGGUUAUAUGUCAAUGAAUAAUAUGCCUGUUUAAAAAC